AUGGCAGCAUCCAACGAGUCAUUGGGCUCCGUCCUUGUUAUUGGUGGAUGUGGUUUCCUCGGCCGCCACCUUGUCGAAGGCUUGCGACGGAGUGACGACGCCUCCACGCUCACAGUCUUCGAUCUCACCAAUUCGAACAGCAUCGAAGGGAUCAAAUACAUUGCUGGAAGCAUCACGUCACGAGAUGAAGUUCUUGCAGUCUUGAACGACGUCAAACCUGAGGUCAUCUUUGACCUCGCCUCACCCUACGCUCUCGUCAGGAAUCUCAAGCUACUCGAAGAUGUCAACAUCCACAGAACUCGAAACCUGUUGGAAUGCUCUCAGCAGUGCGGUUUUACCAAAGCCUUGGUGUAUACGUCAUCUUCGUCCGUCAUUCACAACAGCUUCACCGACUUGGUCAUGGCAACCGAAGAUCGCCCGCUCGUGUACUUGCCGGAGCAGAAGGAGUUAUACACCCACACCAAGGCUGUUGCUGAGCACAUGGUUCUCUCCGCCAAUGGCAAGGGCGGGAUGCUUGCGAACCUCUUCGACUUCACCUAUGUUGGAAACAACACCCAUCCCCAGAUCCUUCUCGCCCAAGCCCUCGUCCGAAUUCUCACUGAACCCCUUGCGGAGCAUCCCAAAGUUGACAGCGAGGCGUUCGCUAUCACAAAUGAUGAUCUGCAGCCGUUCUGGGACUUCACUCGUGCUCUUGCCGGUGCAGCAGGAUAUCCUAUGAAAAAAUCGGAUGUCUUGACAGUGCCCAAGUCGGUUGCUUGGAUGGUCGCCACGAUCACGGAAUGGGUCUUCUUCGUCUUCACGCUUGGUAAAAAAGACCCUAGACUUACUCGCAAGAAGAUCAAAUACUCCACCAUGACCAGAACUCUGGAUAUCACCAAGGCGAAGGAGCGAUUGGGAUAUCAGCCGCAAGUCAGCUUGCAAGAGGGAAUGGCAAUGACUGCGAAGUGGUACAAAGACGUCAGUGAUGGGCGUAUAAAGGAGUCUUGUGGCCGUUUGCUCUAAUUUACCUAGUUAUGUCAGCAAGCUGCUGCUGGAGAAUUCAUUUAUGCUCUGAAAGCAACGUUUUUGAGGGUCGAACAUGUUUCUCUCCUUAAAGCUCUUGAUCAAUGUACCAUAAUAUCGGCCGAUAUUGAUAAUCUCACGUUGAACUUCAAUGGCAGCCUAACACGUGC